AUGAACAAUAGAGAUGCCACUGGCCGACUGGCCAAGUGCUCCAUUGAGCUCCUCCCGUUGGACAUCAGGUUUGAAGCUAAGAAGGCCAUGAAGUCGCAAGCCCUGGUAGAUUUCCUAGCCGAAUGGAUUGAGCAAGAACAGCAUGUCCCGAGUGUCCCUGAACACUGGACGAUGUUCUUCGACGGCUCCAACAUGCUUCAUGGCUUCGGGGCCAGAGUGGUCUUCGUGUCUCCUAAAGGCGAUCGACUCAGUUACGUUCUUCAGAUUCACUUAGACUCUUCCAACAAUGAAGUUGAAUAUGAAGCUCUCCUGUAUGGGCUACGAAUGGCAAUCUCUCUGGGGAUUCACCGUCUAAUGAUCUAUGGCAACUCAGAUCUAGUGGUGAAUCAAGUCAUGAAGGAAUGGGACAUCCGUAGUCCAGCAAUGACUGGCUGCUUCAAUGCCGUCAGAAAGUUGGAGAAACACUUUGAACGGCUGGAGCUUCACCAUGUGUCGUGUCUCAAGAACCAAGUGGCCGACGAUCUGGCCAAGAUGGGUUCCACUCAGAAGCUAGUACCCAAGAAUGUGUUCCUUGAGCACCUUCACUUGCCCACUAUCAAGGAAGAUCCUUUUGUGGAAGAGCCCCCGCAGCCAGUCAGACCUUCUAAUCCGACUAAGGUAGACAUUCCGCAGUGA